AAAAGAGAUUUAUAUAAUAAAGCUCACCUAGGGGGUGAUGUUUGCAAUUUAUGCAAAAUAAAGAAACCACGGUCCAGAGUCAGCAGAUUUCCAUUUUCCAGCGGCCAUAGCAAAAACAACGGACACACAGGAAAGAGCUCAGGUCAGGGACCCCUCCAUUUCUCCAAAUCUCUGCUUCCGUCUUCUCCAAAUCAAUUUUGGUUUCGUCGCAGAUGGCGUCGUGCGAUCUCAUUAACAACACUGAGCCGUGGAAGGACUUAAGGAACCAUGUUGAGGAUAUUAAAAGGACACAUUUACGUGACUUGAUGAGCGAUGCUGCGCGAUGCAAGUCAAUGAUGGUUGAGUUUGAUGGAUUUCUGCUGGACUAUUCGCGACAAUGUGCCACUCAAGAGACUCUAGGAAAGCUCUUUAAACUGGCAGAGGCUGCAAACCUCAAACGAAAGAUUAGCCGUAUGUUUAAUGGGGAGCAUAUAAAUAGCACAGAGAAUAGGUCUGUACUUCAUGUGGCUCUACGUUCGUCAAGAGAUGCAGUCAUGACCAGUGAUGGAAAGAAUGUAAUCCCGGAUGUAUGGAAAGUUUUGGACAAGAUCAGUGAGUUUUCUGAUAGGGUCCGAAGUGGUUCAUGGGUUGGAGCUACAGGGAAAACACUGAAGGAUGUUAUUGCUGUUGGUAUCGGUGGCAGCUUUUUGGGCCCUCUUUUUGUGCAUACUGCUCUUCAGACAGAUCCAGAUGCUAUAGGUUGUGCAAAAGGACGUCAGCUGCGAUUUCUCGCAAAUGUUGACCCAAUUGAUGUUGCUAAGAGUAUUGGAGGUUUAAACCCUGAAACUACAUUGGUUGUUGUGGUUUCAAAGACUUUUACAACAGCUGAAACUAUGCUAAAUGCUCGGACAUUGAGAGAGUGGAUUUCUGCUGCUCUUGGGCCUGAGGCAGUUGCAAAGCAUAUGGUAGCUGUUAGUACUAAUCUUAAGCUUGUUGAGAAGUUUGGCAUAGACCCAAAUAAUGCUUUUGCCUUUUGGGACUGGGUUGGAGGUCGAUAUAGUGUUUGCAGUGCUGUUGGAGUUUUGCCUCUAUCUCUUCAAUAUGGUUUCUCAGUUGUUGAGAAGUUCUUAAAAGGAGCUUCUAGCAUUGAUCAACAUUUCUUCUCAACACCAUUUGAGAAAAACAUACCUGUGCUAUUAGGCUUGUUGAGCAUAUGGAAUGUUUCUUUUCUUGGUUAUCCAGCAAGAGCUAUCCUCCCUUACUCUCAGGCCUUAGAGAAGCUUGCCCCGCACAUUCAACAGGUCAGCAUGGAGAGCAAUGGGAAGGGUGUUUCAAUUGAUGGUGUACCCCUUCCCUUUGAAGCUGGUGAAAUUGACUUUGGUGAACCUGGGACAAAUGGUCAGCACAGUUUUUAUCAGUUGAUUCACCAGGGACGGAUUAUUCCUUGCGACUUUAUUGGUGUUGUGAAGAGUCAACAACCUGUGUUCUUGAGAGGUGAAACUGUAAGUAACCAUGAUGAGCUUAUGUCAAACUUUUUUGCACAACCGGAUGCUCUUGCUUAUGGGAAGACCCCAGAGCAGUUGCUAAACGAGAAUGUCCCACGUCAUCUUAUUUCUCACAAGACAUUCUCUGGAAAUCGGCCUUCUCUUAGUCUGCUACUGCCUGCUUUAAAUGCUUAUAAUAUUGGGCAGUUGUUGGCUAUAUACGAGCACAGAAUUGCAGUGGAAGGUUUCGUAUGGGGAAUCAAUUCUUUUGACCAGUGGGGAGUGGAGUUGGGCAAGUCACUGGCUUCCCAGGUCCGAAAGCAAAUUAAUGCAUCUCGCACAAAAGGAGAGCCAAUAGAGGGCUUUAAUUCCAGCACUACCUCACUGCUAACGAAAUAUCUAGAGGCAAAAUCGCCGAUUCCUUCUGAGCCUGUAACCACUCUACCAAAAAUAUAGUGCGUGGGAGAACCUUGUGGCUGCAUUUUCCUUGGCUGCCAAGAAGGAAUUAAAGGUCAAAUAUCUGCUGAUAAUCGUGUCAAUUGAAACACUACUCACAGUGCAUACAGAACUUGAGCUGCUAUACCCGUGGUAUUAUUCUCAUUUCUUAAGUUGUUCCUGCACAAAUUUGGAUUGGAUUCUUCAUUGUAAAUUAGUUCAGGAUCAUUAUCACUUAAAAUGGUCUAUGAUGAAAGCACUUCGCAUGCAUGUUUGAUGUGUGCUUUGUCAUAAAUCUUCUUUUUUUUUUUCUCCCAAUAAACCACACUAAAUUUUUAAUGUGAAUUUCAUCUCCCUUUGUUAUAAAGUAAUAACAUUGCCUUUGACUGGCAAUGGCUUUUGUUUUUUUUUUGUAA